GCUCACCAGCGGCGGCGACGCACAAGGUAUGAAUGCCGCUGUCCGUGCUGUGACUCGCAUGGGAAUUUAUGUUGGAGCAAAAGUUUUCCUGAUCUAUGAGGGCUAUGAGGGGCUGGUGGAAGGAGGAGAGAACAUCAAACAAGCAAAUUGGCUGAGCGUCUCAAACAUCAUUCAGCUGGGCGGCACAAUCAUUGGCAGUGCCCGCUGCAAGGCUUUCACCACGCGAGAGGGGCGCCUCCAGGCUGCUUACAACCUGGUGCAGCAUGGGAUCACCAACUUGUGUGUCAUUGGGGGAGACGGCAGUCUGACUGGGGCCAACAUUUUCCGGACGGAGUGGGGCAGCCUGCUGGAGGACCUGGUUAAAGAUGGUCAAAUAACUGAGGAUGUAGCUCAGAAGUAUUGUCAGCUAAACAUUGUUGGCCUGGUGGGCUCCAUUGACAAUGACUUCUGUGGCACAGAUAUGACAAUCGGCACAGACUCGGCACUACACCGCAUCAUGGAGGUGAUUGAUGCUAUCACUACCACAGCCCAGAGCCACCAGAGAACAUUUGUGUUGGAGGUGAUGGGCAGGCACUGUGGCUACCUUGCCUUGGUGUCUGCUUUGGCUUCAGGCGCUGACUGGCUUUUCAUCCCUGAGUCCCCUCCUGAGGAUGGCUGGGAGGACCUCAUGUGUGAGAGACUUGGGGAGACACGCAGCCGAGGCUCCCGCCUCAACAUCAUCAUCAUUGCUGAAGGUGCCAUCGAUAGGAAUGGCAAGUCCAUCUCCUCCAACUAUGUGAAAGAUCUAGUUGUCCAGCGCCUAGGCUUUGACACACGUGUGACCGUCCUUGGCCAUGUGCAGCGUGGUGGGACCCCGUCAGCAUUUGACCGUGUCCUGAGCAGCAAGAUGGGGAUGGAAGCUGUCAUGGCGCUGGUGGAGGCAACACCUGACACCCCUGCCUGCGUGGUGAGUCUUUCUGGGAACCAAUCUGUCCGGCUGCCUCUCAUGGAGUGUGUUCAAGUGACAAAAGAUGUUCAGAAAGCAAUGGAUGAGAAGCGGUUUGAAGAAGCAAUCCAGCUCCGGGGCAGGAGCUUUGAAAAUAACUGGAACAUUUACAAGCUCCUAGCGCACCAGAAGCCAGCCCAGCGGAAGAGCCCGUUCACCCUGGCAAUCCUAAAUGUGGGUGCCCCGGCGGCUGGGAUGAAUGCUGCUGUCAGGUCAGCGGUCCGCAUAGGCAUUUGCAAGGGGCACACGGUUUAUGUGGUGAAUGACGGCUUCGAAGGCUUGGCCAAUGGGCAGAUCCACGAGGUGGGCUGGCACGACGUGGCGGGCUGGCUGGGACGUGGCGGCUCCAUGCUGGGAACCAAGCGAACUCUUCCAAAGACAUGCAUGGAGAAGAUUGUGGAAACUGUGCGGAAGUUUAACAUCCAGAGCCUUUUGGUCAUUGGAGGAUUCGAGGCCUACGAGGGGGUGCUGCAGCUGGUGGAGGCACGGGGGCAGUAUGAGGAGCUCUGCAUCGUCAUGUGUGUCAUCCCAGCCACCAUCAGUAACAACGUGCCUGGGACUGACUUCAGCCUGGGCUCUGAUACGGCCGUUAAUGCUGCUAUGGAGAGCUGUGACCGCAUCAAGCAAUCUGCCUCUGGUACAAAGCGCCGUGUGUUCAUCGUGGAGACCAUGGGAGGUUACUGCGGGUACCUGUCUACUGUGACUGGCAUUGCCGUGGGAGCGGAUGCUGCCUACGUAUAUGAGGAGCCCUUCACCAUUCAUGACCUAAAGGCCAAUGUUGAACACUUGACUGACAAAAUGAAGACUGAUAUUCAGAGAGGCCUGGUACUCCGCAACGAGAAGUGCCACGAGCACUACACUACUGAGUUUCUCUACAACCUGUACUCUUCCGAAGGCAAAGGGAUCUUCGACUGCAGGAUCAAUGUCCUCGGGCACCUGCAGCAGGGAGGUGCCCCCACCCCUUUUGACCGGAACUACAGCACCAAGCUGGGGGUGAAGGCAGUGCUGUGGAUGUCAGAAAAGCUGCAAGAAGUCUAUCGCAAGGGACGCGUAUUUGCCAACGCCGGGGACACCGCCUGCGUGAUUGGGCUCAGGAAGAAGGCAGUGGCCUUCAGCCCUGUAACGGAGCUCAAGAAGGUCACUGACUUUGAGCACCGGCUGCCACAGGAGCAGUGGUGGCUGAACCUGCGCCUGAUGCUGAAGAUGCUGGCCAACUACCAGAUCAGCCUGACCGAGUAUAUCUCAGGGAAGAUGGAGCAUGUCACCCGGCGCACCCUCAGCAUCGAGAAGGGGUUCUAGAGCUGCCCACCCAGCCACGAGAGCUGCGUAGUGCCCCCUUCCCCUAGCCCCUCCAAUGCCUUUGAGUGCAGUGCUAGCUGAAUGCCAGCCCCUGGGUACCACAAGUGGGGGCUUCUGGAUGCUCAAGCCAAACCCAGUGCCACCGUGAGCCAGUGGUGGCAGUGACAGACUUCCUGGGUCCAGGGAAAUUUCAGCCAUCCUCCAAGAGGAGCUGACAUUCCUCUCUUGCUCAUGCUGCCUGUGGGAUGGCUCCAUGACUUGCCCCUUCCCCCAGCAGCUGCUGGGAGCUUGGGCUCAAGGGAUAGCUGCCUGCCAGCCAAGCCCUGUGUUUUCAAUGACUUGUGAUAUGGGGCCUGGCUGAAGGUGCUUUGGGAGGGCCUGAUUCUGUUCUGUUGCAAAGCAGGCCCUUUCUGGGUGUCUCCAGCUCCACUUCCAAAAUCGCAGGUCCCAUCCAAGUUGUGGGGAGGUUGGGGAAUGGUUCUCUUGGUCCCAUCUGGGUAGGGCAGAGCCUCUGUCUCGCACCCUGUCAUUUUUAUUCUUCCUAUUUAAUGAUUUCAGUGCCUGGAUUCAGUAUCUAGCAACACAGUUAUGGGAACAGAUGUCCUGAUUUUAGUUCCUUUUCCUCCAGUGAACUUGAAGGGAAGCAUAGAAAGAUACAGAGUUGAGGACAGGGUGCUGGUAGAGACAUUUCCCAGGGGCUCGCUACUGCCACCACUUGAUCACUCAAUAAAGUUUCCUUCUGUUCUUUCCAAUGUGGCAUGCACGUGUCACCUGCAUGUUGCCUCGCAGCCCCUCUUCUGCUGGGACACUGCUAAACAACAUCACCCAGGAUGCUGGGACAAUGAGUACUGCCUGCUAGAACAGCAUCUGGGAAGCCCUUGGGAGAUGCACUUGGCUUCCCUUGCUGCCUGCAUGCUUGAGGUAGCCUCUUGUUUUGGCCCUUUUCACAAACCGAGGGGCCUGGCUCUAUCCAGCCACUUGUAGAUGUUGUUUCUCCUGAGCCACCAAAGUGGUGUGACCGCUCUUGUCACUGCUGCCGUGUCUGCAAGCUGGCAACCCCUAUGUCUCAGCAAAACCCUAGCUGGUUGGGCCGUGUCCAAGUGCUCUGUGAAAUCUGUGUCUUGUAUUGUCAGUGGCACUGCUUGUGUCUCCUAGAGAUAAAACCUGCUGAACC